AUGGCAUUGCUCUAUGAAACGGUGCCCACUUUUGAAGACACUUGGAUCGAGUGCUUGGGUGAUCUUGGAAGAUAUCGUAUGGCAAUUGAAGAUGACGAUUUGAAAGACCGCGAGGUUUGGACUUCUGUCAGUAGGCAUUGGUACUCAAAAGCAAGCGACAAGGCACCUACAACUGGCCGCUUGUACCACCAUCUCGCGAUUCUUGCGCGCCCAAAUGCACUUCAGCAACUCUUCUACUAUACGAAGAGCCUGUGUGUUCCGAUUCCCUUUCUGUCAGCCCGCGAGAGCAUCAUGACACUGUUUGAGCCCCACCUCAACGGAUCGCCAACACGUCUUCAGGAAAUUGAUGCUGCCUUCGUUCGAGCUCACGGCAUUCUGUUCUCCGGCCGGAACCAGGAACAACUUGCACCCUCCGUUGACGAGUUCAUCGGUAGUCUCGAUAACCACAUUGGCCGAACCACGCGACGAUGGAUGGAGAGCGGAUACUACAUCGGCAUCGCCCUCGGUUGCUCGCUACUUGAGUAUGGUAGCGAGUCCAACGUCAUCAUGCGACUGAUCAAGUCGGGAGCUCGCUCCGAUGAACCAGACACGGCCAUGCAAGGGGUUGAAGCCGCCGCCCCAUCCCAGAAAUUCCUCGAUGUCCUCGAUUUCACCUGCCGCACACACGAUGUCGUCUUCCGUCGCUUUGGUGACCCGAGCGUCACCCCAUACCUUCACGUCACUCUAUCCUUCCUCUACCAUCUUUCCAAAUUCCCGACUGCCAUGGCUCAUAUUGAGUCCAAGAUCCCCUGGAAACUCAUCUCACUUAUGCUCAACACUCUGGUUAGCACUUGUUCACGUUUUGACAAGAUUGAGAAUGAGGCCUUCCCCCGAAACGAAAAGGAAAGCCCACGCCCGCUACCCGACGAUUUUGCCCAGCGUGGUCUCCUCUGGGUAGAGAAGUACUACCCCGCCGACUGGUUCACCGGCGCGAAGAUCGAUGACGAAGAGAAGUAUUUCGAAGUGGCCUCCAUGAUGGAAGAACGGCAGGACCGUUGUCUCUGGCUAGGACACCGCUUGGCAUCGUCGGGCGCAUGGCUCACGUACGAUAAGAAUUUGAGGCAGUUUGGCGUGGCGUCGCGGUAUGCCAUUGAGAUUGCCAACUUGCCAACAGCGUCAGAAACAGAUAGUGGCACACCAACGCAGCCGAAUAGAUGGGGAAGAGGAGAAGACGCUGACGUGGACAUCCCAGAUGCGCCAGCAAGUGCAGUGUAG